GUUUCCUGCCUGCGAAUAAAGUGUAGCCGCUGGGAUGAGUGAGACGGACGACACCGACGUUUUGUUGCUGAUUCCCCCGGAUUUCUUCCUCGUCCACACUUCGGGCUCCGACGAUUCUAUCCUAGAAUCCUCUAGAACAGUUGUCCAUAAACCUCCAUCGUGCACGGCCCAAGCUAUCGGCAAGUUAGUGGACCAAGUGCACUCGCUGGAAUCUAGGUUAGAAAGCUUGGAAAUAAACUCGACAAUCACUGAUUCUAGUAUAGGCAGCAUUCCAAGACGAAAGAAUUGGGAGACCGAAAGCUACUGCAAUAGUCUCGAUCGAAAGUGCUACACUUUUCCUCGUAGACGUCGUCGGAAAGUCUCUAAAAGAGAACGGCGGCUGGAUUUGUCUCUUACCAGCUUUGAUUCCAGCAGUACUAGAAAAACUGUCCCGCCAUUGCCUUUAAAAGACAUCGAACUUGCGUGUUUAGGCACUAGGCGUGACGCUAUUCAUGAUUCGCCAAGUAUGGACGGAGACGUGAGCAGUAUUAUUUCAACUCCAAACAAAAAGAAUGACAAACUUCUUCUGCAUGAAAUAGACGAAUUUCUUACCAAAGUUGAUGCUUACGAGACACCUGGUACAAAAUACAAAGAGUCUGAUACAACAUUAAGCUCAGAGAAUGUGAUAAAAGCUACAGGAGACUAUAUAUCUCAUAAAUUGGAUAGAAGUAAUGCAGAAGAAAUUAAAUUGCCCAGUGGGCGCACUGUAUCAAGUGCUAUUUUGGAUAAAUAUAUUUAUUUGGUCAAAAGCAACCCACAAUCAGCUACAGAGAAACCUGAACCUUCAACAAGUAGAUCUAAACUCCAAUAUGAAGAACCUGUACCUAAUCGUUCACUGGAAAUGCCAAAACCACCAGAUUUAUCAAAAUAUGUUCAAGAAUCAAAAUCCCCAAGCAUACGAAGACUAAACUUCUCAGAGAAUAAAGACAUACAACCAACUUCCACUCCCAAAAAACCUUUAAGUUCUACUGUUAACUAUAUUGAUGUAUUUAAACCGUCAUCAAAUAAAAUCUACGAGAGAGCUACAAAAGUCCUAGAACAGUACAAGUCUCAAAAUUCAAGUAGAUAUACUCAGAAUAUGGACAGUUAUGUGUCUAAAGAUGAAUUUAAAAUGCCUCAGAUGAGACCAUUCACAGAAGGUAAAGAUAUAUUGAAAAAUAAGCUCAUAGAUACAAUUGAUACAGAUCUGUUAAGUUUGAGUGACUUGUGGGGGGAGAAGGAAAAAGGAGACAAAGGGGAUAGCAUCAAAUUGGAGGAAGAAAGAUUGAAGAGGGAGCAUUGUGAAUCAAUGAUCCAACAACUUCAAAAGAAAAUCCUAGACCAACAAGAGAAGUUAGCAGUGGCAAUCAAGGUGGAUAAAGCAAAGGAUGUUGCAAUAUCAAAGUUGCGGGAAGCAUGGCUCCGACUAACGGGGAACUUGGAUAAGGUGGAGGAACGACACCGUGCUGGACUGGAAAAGAUGAUGGCUGAAGUGGAUAACUUUAAAAUGGUCGCUACUGAAGCUCAGAGGAAAACAAAUCACUUUGAAACGGAACUCUACAAAGCGCUAGAUCUAGCUCAUGACUACCAAGACAAAUGUAAACAGCUUACGAAUGAAAUGAAACAGGUUCAGGAAAACACCGCAAAAGUCUUACAGAGUAAAGAUGAAGUUAUAGCCCGCAAAGAUCACGAGAUUGAAACGUUGAAAGAUAACUAUGAAACCGUGAUGCGGCUUAAUAAACAGAGCACAGAUUGUGUUAAGAAUUUGGAAGACAAUAUAGAAAGAGAAAGAAAUGAACAUGAGCAAACAAAAGCUCGUCUCUGCGAGCUAAACCGCCGGUUGCAGUCGGCAACCGAUGAAGCGGCUUUGGCGCAGCAAGAGCGAGGACUACUCAAAGAAAAAGUGAAUGAAGAACGGUCCAGGGCGAAUUUGCUGGAACGACAACUUGGUGAGAAGCAGAACCAAGUUAGUGAGCUGUUGAAGAAAUGU